UUGUAUUAUCGAUCGUGGCAGAGCGUGGACCAUAAAUAGGAUUAACAAAAUUACAACUGGCUGUAGUAUAGACGAGACGGGAUGGGACAGCAGGCAGAAGAAGAAACAGAGACAUGGCUUUGGGAAUUAGCGCUCGCCUUCUUCCGCUGCUUCCCCAAGUUACCGCCAAGCAAAAUUCUCCCACCAACAAGUUCCCUUCUAACCCCAAUUCUGCAGCUACUGACGUUAAACACCACCAAUCUUUUUGGUCAAAGGUACUUCCUCUGGCAGUCGCUGUUUCUCUGGUCGCUCCCUUGUCUUCUUCGGCGAUACCUUCUCUCAACUCCAAAUCUUCUCCGCUUUCUCCCAUGACCCCAUUCUCACAAUCCAAGAACUUGCCUACUGGACUCGAAAAUGGAAAAAUCAGACCUUGCCCGUCAGUUAAUCCAGCGUGUGUAUCGACAAAUCCCCAAUCUUCUUCUUCUGCGUUCCCCUUGAUAAUUUCUCAAAAUUCUUCUGGCAAUGCUAUCAUGCAAUUGCAGGAUGCCAUUUUGAAGACACAGAAGAAUGCAAAGAUUCAAGUCAUUGAAGAUAUCCCUGACGGAAAAUAUUUGCAGGCUGAGGUUGACGGAGGAUUUGGCAGAGAUGUUUUAGAGUUUUUGGUGAAAGGAGAUUCAGUUGCCUACAGAGCAAUGGCCACAAAAGUGACCUACAUAUACCCAUUUACUACUGCAUUUGGAGAUUCAAAAGGACAAGAAGAAAGAAUGAAAAUGAUCACUGAAGAGUUAGGAUGGUAUGCACCAAGUCUUGACUCAAUGGAUUAGAACUUUGAUGUAUAUAAAUUUCUACAUGCACUAAAUUUUGUAUAGCAAUUCAUGCAUGUGGUAAGCCUUUUUAAAAAAUAUUUGUCUUGUGGAUCCGAUCAUUCAUAAAAAAAUUCUGCUGCAUGUUACGCGCGGCAAUCCACUUGUUAAUAGUGGGGAAAAAAAUCUAUCUGGUUUCUUGAAACGAAUUUAUUGGAUUGGUUUAUUAAUAGUCUUAGUUCCUUGU